UGUAUCCAAGGCAACGGUGGAUGGCGCUUGGGUUUUCUGUGUGUUCUUUACAGAAGGACUCUAGCUUAAAGGGGCUUCAGCCUUCUACGCUCUUUAAGCUUUGAUUUAAACGAACAUUUCUAGGUCUUAAUACAUUCUAAGAAGCAAAAUGUCCACGGCAGUUAAAGCUCCAACCACAAUAGGCCCAGAAUCAUGGAAAAACAGAUCGCUAAGAGGUUUGAAAUUAGGACAGACGGUUAUCGCAAACAGCGACAGAAAUUGUGACAUAGGUCGAUCAACCGACAAUCUACCCCACUUAAGAGACGUACUUGCUACCCUCAGCAACGAUGAAAUUAGGAAAUAUAUGAGAGAAGUGAGAGUUGUUGUGGCCAAGCUGAGAGAGAGUCUGCUCGAGACAAACGAGGAAAUAAAAGCCCUGACAAGAGGAAAAGAAGCUUUGGAGCGUUCAUUAGAGCACACACGUAAAGAUAUACAACUCAACAAAGAUUCCAAAUUCAUAAGGAUAACUAGGCCGCCCGUUGAAAAGGAACGUGAUGGUGCUGACGACCUUCUUGAAGCUGAAUAUUCUCAUCUGUUGAACUGUAAAAAGAAUUUAGAACUUCAGCUAAAAUCUGUUCAGCAAGAGUUACAGUGUCUUGAAAGUAUCCGAAAGAGAACUUUUGCAAAUUUACAAGAAAGGUCAAGAGUUCUGGACAUAUUAUGCCAUUCUUUGUCAGCUGUGUUGCGUCCUGAAAAAGAUAUUCUUUUUUUGAAGCCAAACCGUAGUCAAGUAGAAGGCAGAUUGUCUAUGGUUGACCCUGGGAAGAUGGGAUCAGACAAAGCUGAUCCACUUGGACCCUAUACACCUGAAGUAGAUUCUUUACUGGGAGAAGCAACUGAUGUUCGUAAUCAUUCAGCUUACCUACGACAUGAAUUAAGGUCCACAAUUGAUAGAGUUGAUAAACUUAAGAAAGCCGCCCACAAGUCAGUUAACGAUGGACUCACACAGAAAGUUGCAGAAACUAUCACAUUAAAGCAACAUAUAAAUCUUGGUUUGGGAGAAAACAGACAUGCCUUACACAGAGCACAGCGUUGGUAUGAUUCUACAGAAAGAGCUUUUGGAUAUACUCAAGGUCCUGAACAAUACUCAGACCUCAAAACUUGUGAACACCUGGACCGUCCUCUGGUCACAGUAUUCCAGAGACAUCCUGGAACGCAACUCCCUGAGGCUAGAGAAAUAGUCAAAGCAGGUGAUGGUCUCCUGCAGUCCCUUACAGCCACAAGUAGAAAUAUUGGUAUGUUACGAAUUGCUGAAAGAAAAUUAAAAGAUGACAAGCGCAGCAAAAGUGCAGCUGCUGGUAUUGAUAGCAGUGUUAUCCGCAUGAGGCGCAGCAAACAGGACCACCGCUGGUGUCUUGGGACUGCUUUUUAAUUUUCAUCUUCAAUUGUGUAAAUGUAGACUUCUUUUGCUUUUAAAUGAAAUUUUCAAUGUUCUAAAAAUUCAAUCUAUAUUAACUUCUAAAAAUGCUUUCUAACAGGAAAUAAUUCUGCACAAACAAUUAAAAUAUACUGCAAAACUAUUAAGAAUGUGUAAAUAUUUGCAUAUUUUCACCUUUGUAUAUACUUUUCUCUGUUAAGCCUAAUAUUUUUACCUGAUGAUCUAGUCUUUGUAGGAAACACUGUGAUCUGUACUAAAGAUUUCUUGUGGCCAAAUACCUUUCUCCAUAGUUACAAAAAAAGUAAAAAAAAAAGAACUGAAACAAAUUGAAAAAAAGAUGUAUUUAAUUAUUCAAUUUUGGGACACUAAAAUUAAGUUUCUUGAUUAAUGUUGAAUCCACCAUUUUACCCUGUGAAAAGCUUCCUGAUUUCCAUUUUUGUUCAAAAUAUCCUUGUUUUUCUAAGAUUUUCAAGUAGUAAAAAUCUUUGGACUGCUGUCUCUCUAAGUAAAUAAAAGCAGUAUUUUAUAAUUCCAGCAUUAAAAAGAUAUUCUGUGAUUUAAUCUGCUUUUGCAGAACUCAUUUUGAUUUACGUAUUACCUUUACUUCAGCAUUAUGUACCUUUAUAAUUUAUUAAUAAAAUCUUGUUUAACUUUUUCAUCUGAAGUGGAAAAAUGCAGUUUUUCUCAAAGCAAAUUUUGGUUUGAAACUUGUUUUUGUUUGUCUAUCCAUUAAAUCUAAUAGGGUAAUUAAUAUAGUAGAGCUUUCAACGUGUGAAAUUAAUCUGUUGCUUAUAAUUUGUUGUGCUACUGUAUGCUGAACAUUCAUUACAUUUUAGGUGCUAUUUUUGCUUCUACUAUCAAUGUGCAACAUACUCUAAACAUGUUUUUCGAUUUGAAACUAUUUAGCAAUAAUGGGCAAAGUCUACAUUUCUCUCAGUGCUUUUAAUUCUAGCAGUAUAAAACUGUACUAUGCUGCCAAAGCCCUUAUCAACCUAAGGAAACAGCUGAUGAGAAUUGUAAAACUGCUGUAACCAUGCUACAUAGUACACUGUGAUACAACUCCUGCUGUGAUUUUUAUUAUGACCAUCUAGAGUCACUUUUUACAUCAUUGUUGUUACCUUUUUUUUCAAUGUUUUGAUAUUUUAUCAGAGAUAUCAACUUAGUUUUUAUCUCAGUCCAUAAAUAUUUGUAAAUAAUAUAGAAACUAAAAAAUAAAUGCUGUGUAUAUUUUUUUAAGAAUACAAACAUUUAACUAGGUGGGAAAGUUUUGGAAUAUUUAUACUUCAUCACAAGACCUUGUGUCUUAGUUGUGCAUAAACAAGUGCUUUAAGUGUUUGACUCUUCUCAGUAUUAAAGAUCACUUUUGCAUCAUC